AUGAAUCAUUCUCACGCGAGACCAAUCACAUCUAUUAAUAUGAGCCCUAGUACACAAAAAAAAUUACGCGAAGCAGGUUACAAGACAGUUCAAGAUUUGAAAGAAACCACUCCUGUGUCAUUGAGUAAAGGUAGCAAUAAUUAUCAUGAAAUAGGAAUAUCAAGUCAGGAAGCUCUUAAUAUAUUACAGCAAGUAAUAAAAAGUAGAAUAUCAUCAGUUUCAGUUUCGGAAGUUGUACAAAAACAAAAAUUUCAGAUAACCACAUUUUCUCAUGGUCUUGAUAAUUUGUUGGGAGGGAAAGGAGUUCCUUUAGGACAAAUAACUGAAUUCUGUGGUGUUCCAGGUGUAGUUAAUGUUCAAAUACCUCGACGUAUGUCGGGUACCGAAGGAGAAGCCAUAUAUAUUGAUACUGAAGGAAGUUUUAUUGCUCAACGUGUUGCUGAAAUCGCUAACGGAACUAUAAUUAAGAUUAAUGAAUCUAUUACUGAUGAAAAUGAAUUACCUUUAGAUAUCGAAACUGUUCUUUCUAAAAUUCAUUACUUCAGAACGCAUGAUUACAUAGAGUUAUUGGCUCUUCUUAAAAUAAUGGAUCAAUUUUUGAAAGAGCAUUCAAUGGUUAAGUUAAUUGUUAUAGAUUCAAUAGCAUUUCCAUUUCGACAAGAUUUUAGUGAUAUGUCACUUAGAACAAGAUUAUUAAAUAUGAUAGCUCAAGAUUUGAAGAAUAUGGCUGAAACAUUUGAAAUAGCAGUAAGGAAUGGUUCAGACAAGGCAACUUUAGUUCCUGCUUUGGUACUUUCCGGAAAAGGAGGAGUAGGGAAAAGUUCAAUAACCACUCAACUUGCAUUAUGUCUCGCUCAAAAAGAUCAUAAAGUGGGAAUUCUUGAUAUUGAUUUGACGGGACCUAGUAUACCAAGAAUGUUAGGACUUGAUGACCAACAAGUUCAUCAAGCAUCUUCCGGUUGGGUUCCAGUUUAUUCAGAUGAAAAUCAAAAACUUUGUUGUAUGUCAAUUGGAUUUUUAUUGCAAAAUAGAGAUGAUUCAGUGGUAUGGAGAGGUCCAAAAAAGAAUGCAAUGAUUAAACAAUUCUUGAAUGAUGUUUGUUGGGGAAAUUUGGAUUAUCUUAUUAUUGAUACACCUCCAGAUGUAAAUCCUGAUGGUGCAGUUAUUGUAACAACUCCACAGGCAGUUGCAUUAAGUGAUGUACGUAAAGAAUUAAAUUUUUGCAAAAAAGUAAAAUUACCAAUAUUGGGUGUUAUUGAAAAUAUGAGUGGAUUUAUAUGUCCUCAUUGUGAGGUUAGAGGUGGUGAAGCAAUGGCAACUGAAUUUGGUGUAGAAUUUAUAGAUCCAUCACUUACUAUUACGUUAGAGAAACAAGAAGAUGAAAAUAUUUCAUCAUCGGAAAAUAAUUUGAUCAAAAAAUAUUCGGAAUCAAAUUUAUUUAAAGUAUUUACUAAAAUUACUGAUAAAAUUAUUGAAUUAAAUCAACAGAAAAUAAAUCAACAGGAAAUAAAUCAACAAGAAAUAAAUCAACAGGAAAUAAAUCAACAGGAAAUAAAUCAAUAA